CAGGAGAAUGAGCUGUAUAACUUUCAUUUUGAUUUGGAUUUGAUGUCUUGGGACUCGGACCUUUGGAAUAUUACAGGCCAUGCUUAUACAGAUGCAAGCAUGAAGACGGAGCCUUUGUCACCAGCCACUUCAUCGUGUUCGGUCCCUUCUCCGUCGUCUGUGGACUCUUCAGUGCAGAACGUGCCUGAUGAUGUGGACUUCAACUGUAGUGCCCAGAUGUCUCCCAUCUCCCUUUACAGUAAGAGUUCCAGAAGCCCCUCAUCCCCUGAGGGAGAUGGAGGAAAGAAGCCUGUCAGCGUCACGUGUCGAUCUGCAAAUAAUUCUGUGAGGACUCUGAAGAGGUGCGGUCAGACAGCAUCCAGGCCUUCGAUACAACCCAAACCCCUGUUGCCUGCUGUACCUGAGGGUCAGGCUAACAUUGGCAUCCCAGCUAAAACCAUCAUUAUUCAGACUCUUCCAACGCUUGUGCCGCUACCAAAGCAUCAGCCAGUUGUUAAUAUCCAGCCAGCCCCUCCUAAAGGUCAGUCGGUGGUGCUCCCGCAGCCCACGGUAGUACAACUCCAGGCUUCUGGAGUGCUUCCUGCCUCCCAGCCGGUCAUUGCCGUCACUGGAGGGACCACGCAGCUUCACAAUCAUACGGUGACUUCAUUGCCCCCAGCUGCUGGAAAUGGCUCAACAAGUGGCAAAAUAGCAAUGUCUAAGCCCUUGCUUCAAAGCACCACACCAGCAAUGGGGCUGGAUGUCAAUGUCUUGAGAAGACAACAGCGCAUGAUCAAAAACCGGGAGUCAGCCUGUCAGUCACGGAAGAAAAAAAAAGAAUACAUGUUGGGACUGGAGGCCAGGCUGAAAGCAGCCUUACUGGAGAAUGAGAGACUCAAGAGAGAGAAUGGCUCACUAAAAAGGCAACUGGAUGAAGUGGUGUUGGAGAACCAGAAACUCAAAGUCUCAUCUCCAAAGAGAAGAACUCUGUGUGUGAUGGUGAUACUGGCUUUCAUAAUGCUGAAUUGUGGUCCACUGAGAGUAUUUGAAAAGGAUGCCAGUGCAGUUGAUUCCGCUGUGAGUUCUAACCAUCGGACCAGAAAUCUGCUGGAGUUCUCAGCCAGCCAGGAGUCCAGCACAGCUCAGAAAAUACCUGGUGGCAUAAUUCCUGAGAAGACUAACAGGUAUGAUCGUUCAGUCUCUGAUAACAAAGCACUAAUGAUAGUAUCAGAAGAACCACUAUUGUAUAUUUCGCCACCGCCACCACCCUGUCAGCCCCUGAUCAAUCGCACAGAGUCACUAAGGUUGAAUCACGAACUUCGAGGAUGGGUUCAUAGACAUGAAGUGGAAAGAACAAGGUCUAGAAGAUCAUCAAAUAACCAGCAACAGAAAGCACGGGUUAUGCAGAACUCCCUCAGUGAAAAGGUAGAUUCCCAGCUAAUGGCCAUGCCUUAUACAGACACUAGCCUCAGGAACUCAGGAAAUGAGCUGCAAGUGUAUUAUGCUUCUCCAAGGAGCUACCAAGACUUUUUUGAAGCUAUUCGCAGAAGGGAAGAUACAUUCUACGUGGUAUCAUUUCGUAGAGACCACCUGUUAUUGCCAGCCACCACACAUAACAAGACCAGAAGACCAAAGAUGUCUAUAGUAUUGCCAGCUGUAAACAUCAAUGAGAACGUGAUCAACGGGCAGGACUACGAGGUGAUGAUGCAGAUCGACUGCGAAGUGAUGGACACCAGGAUUCUCCACAUCAAGAGCUCGUCCGUCCCUCCGUACCUCCGCGAACAGCGCCAGAAUCACACCGACGCUUUCUACAGCUCGUCCCCCUCUGUCCCAGAGACGCCCCAUGCCCUCAGAGCUAUUGUCAAAUCCCUGCAGUAGCUGCCGGGUGCUGCCGGUGCCUCCCGCGUCGCAGCAGC